AUUGAGAAAAUUUCAGUCGCGUCAAGCUUGAGGAGAGCGCGAUACCCAUAGAGCUCGCAAACGCAGCUUGUUUUUCUUGGGGAUUUACUGAACAUUUUCACCUAAUUUACGGAAGGGAUUUAAUCACCGCGGGCGAGGAUAUCAUCCUUGUGAUUUUGGCAGACCCAUCCUCUGUUAUUUCCAUUUUCCCCUCCUGCUGCUGCCUCUUCGGCCGCAGUGAGAAGCGAGUGACAUGGACGGGUUUUACGACCAGCAGGUCCCUUUCGUGGUACCCCAAAAUAAGUCUCACAUGCAGGAAUUGCCAUGCAGACCUUUCAGUGACCGAAAGAGGAAGUUUGUUGACACAGAGCUGGCACAGGACACAGAGGAUCUCUUUCAAGAUCUGAGCCAGCUCCAAGAGAUCUGGAUAGCAGAAGCCCAGGAACCCGACGAUGAACAGUUUGUUCCAGAUUUCCAGUCGGAUAACUUGAUGUUUCAUGGACCCCCUCAAACAAAAGUGAAGAGGGAACCGAGUCCAGGCAGAGAGUAUUCCCCAUGUGGACAAGAGCAGAGACUCUCUCCUUAUGGAGAGAAGUGCCUAUAUAACUACAGUGCCUUUGACAGGAAGCCAUUUUCUUUCAACAAGCCCCUGACGCCUCCCUCCACGCCAGCAUCGCCCUUUGGCUCCUCCACCAGCGCAGCGACACACCCCCUGCAAAGAAGAGUGAUGCCUCCAGCCCAAACUCAGUCACAAGUACUGCCCAGCCCCGCCCACAGCUCCACCCCUCCCCAUCAGAGAGCACAGACUCCAUUACACAGUCAAAGCCCACCCUUUGCUGUGCCCUGCCCACCGGGCAAGCACCCAGAAGCAUCGUACAACACAGAGCAUAGGUUCCAUCGGCAGCUUUCCGAGCCCUGUCUGCCUUUCCCACAAUCCAAUGGCCGUUGUCAGACGUCUUACCCCCCGCAGACCCCCAAUCACUUUCCCCGAAAUAACCGCCCUCCUUACCACCGGCAGAUGUCUGAACCCUUGGUGCCCAUGCCUCCCCAGGGCUUCAAGAAAGAGAUGGUGGAUCCCCGCUACAAUGAGCAAGGUGAACAGAACAUGGGACCUUCUCAUGCUCCGCAGUUUCACCAGCUGUCAAUCAAACAGGAGCCCAGAGACUUUGGCUUUGACUCAGAAGUACACAAUUGCCAGUCAUCUUUUGGCAAAUCGACAAACUACUAUGGAGGCAAUAAUGAAGGUUUCGCGUAUGACAGAGAGUCCCACUUGUAUUACGAUGAUGCAUGUGUGGUUCCAGACAGGCUGGAAGGAAAGGUGAAGCAGGAGGGUGGGAUAUUCCGAGAGGGUCCUCCGUAUCAAAGAAGGGGGUCUCUCCAACUUUGGCAGUUCUUGGUCACCCUGUUGGACGACCCAUCCAACAGCCACUUCAUUGCUUGGACUGGACGUGGACUUGAGUUCAAACUCAUAGAACCUGAGGAGGUUGCUCGGCGAUGGGGUAUCCAGAAGAACAGGCCUGCCAUGAACUACGACAAGCUGAGUCGCUCCCUGCGUUACUAUUAUGAGAAGGGCAUCAUGCAGAAGGUAAAGGUUGCUGGAGAGCGAUACGUGUACAAGUUUGUGUGUGAUCCAGAUGCUCUCUUCUCAAUGGCGUUCCCUGACAACCAACGGCCCAGUCUGAAGGCAGAUCCCGAAGCACUGCAGGUUCCAGAGGACGACACCGUUCCGCUUUCUCACUUUGAUGAGACUAACAGUGUCGCAUAUCCGGGAGAUGCCAGGGACCAAUGCUUAGCAGUGCCGUCUUUUCCAGAAAACUAUGCUUUCUGAACUCUUUCACGACCCCUGAAACUACCGCCGAGCGGACCAGAAGAACUCUAACAUGCAUACUCGCACUCCAAAAGCAGCUCAUGUCAUAUUGUAAUCACUGAGGAAUCUGUAGCGCCUGUCGACGAGUCUUUAGACUUUAUUUUUAAACUGUUUUACUAAGGAUCCAUGUUGAAAACACAUGGUGGCUGUUUUUUAGUACACUGAAAGGGACACAACAGUAUUUUUCAGUAUAAUCUCAGAUUUUAUAUAUGUGUAAAUGCAUGUAUAUUUUUAAAAAUGGCUUUUGUGCACUGCUCUCUUAUUGUGUAUUGGGCCUGGUGUCUGUCAACGUUAUGCUUCAAGUGAGUUUUGUUGAACACCUCUGACAAUGCAUAGGGAUGCAACUCGGACAUUGUUGCCGUUAUCAAGGUACAAGGCUUUGGUUAUAAUCGAAAAAUUGCACAUUUUCUUCUCUAUAGCUGGCCAAGUAAAAAUGCUUUAUAAUGAUUAUUUUGACUUCUGCUUUUGUAAUGUGAUUUUUAUGGAUUUGUGAGAGGGUGGCAUGGGUUAUAGAAGAAUCUGUGUAUAUUCUAAGUAUAUUUUUGCAAAUGCUACACUGAAUUGCAUUGUAUAAGCUCCACAACGAACAGAUGUUUGUUUAAAUCUGUUCUUUUUGUACAGUGCUGCAUGCAAAAUUGCAACCAGCUCUUGAUAUAGAGGAAAAUCAAGUUUACUGAUUACGGAUCAGUCAAGCCAGUUGUUUACCAAAGGAUUAUGGCAACGCAAUCUGAUCUCUGUUCAGUAGUAAAUUGAAAGCAUGGCAAGCAACCUCAGUAGCUCUUUCCACCUUUACUGUCAACCUUACUUGUCUGUGCUGGGUACAACAGACCCCUAGUUCUGUUUCACUGUGGAUAAAACGGUUGUCACGUUGUCUUUUGAAGACAAUUGCUUUGGUUAUACGUUUUCAAGUACAGUUUUGGUGUACAGAUCUGUAUUUUCUAAGCUAUAACAUGGUACAGGAUGAAUAAAAUCUCCAGAAACUC